AUGGCGACAAACGCGGGUUGUUGGUAUUGGCAAAAAGCAUUAAGUUUUAAUUAGUUGUUAUUUUGUUUUGAUUUUGGCAUUUGUGCCAGCGAUAUUUUGUUUUAUGAUUGAAUACUUGUGUGAAGUUUGCUUAAAAUUUUCAAAAUGAUAAUUCUUUGUAUCAGGAUGUUUUUUAUUAAGCCUACCGUAAUUUCCAAUAUUUCUUCUUGUUUUGCAAUUUCAAGAAUGAAAUGACAGCUGCACAGGAUCUAUCAGCAAGCAAACCUGUUGAGAGUGAGAAGGUUGUGCAUCCUGUUGAAAUGAGAAGAACGCCUAUCAUUCAUCCCUCUUCUGAUGCACCAUUGUGCAAAAGUUGUCACCAGUUAGAUCUUCCCUUUUUUGACCCAAGUUGUCCUGGUUGUAUGGAAAUAUUGCAGAGUUCAGAGACUACAGUUCCUCAGAUCUUUGCAAUCAUAAGACAAUGGAUGCCGCAGACUCAACAGAAUAUUGAAAUACUAGUAAAUGAAGUUUUGAAGAGAGGUGCCAAUGUUAAUGACAGAGAUGGUUUGACUGAUAUGACUUUGCUUCAUUAUGCUUGCAAGGCCGGAGCAAAUGGUGUUGGAAAUGUUACAGCUGCAACCAGAACUGUUGGCUUUUUGUUGGACAAAGGUGCUGAUAUCCACCUUAGGUGUCGCUGGACUGACAUGGCUGCUAUACAUUAUGCUGCUUAUUUUGAUGUAGCACCUGUUGUUGAACUGCUUUUAAAAGCUAGUAAAGGCUUAGAUAUUAAUAGCCAAUGUCGAGAAUUUGAUGGAGGUUCUCCAUUGCAUAUAGCUGCUACUAAUUUAUGUACAGAAGUAGCAAAAUUGUUACUGGAGCAUUGUGCUGAUGUAACUAUGAAAGAUUUUGCUGGAAGGACACCUUUAGAAUGCAUUCCAGAUUUUCCUUCAAACCAACAUACUCCUGAUCUCAGAGAGGUUAUAAGUUCUUUACGCCAGUUGUUGGAAUCUGCUACUCCCAAUCAUUUACUUCAGAAUCAACCACAGUAUGGAAGUAUUGGAGGUAAAGCAGUUCUUAGAUCUAUUGGUAUCCAGAUUGGAGAUAAAGUUGUUGUAGGGGGAGCCAAAGUUGGCAUUCUCAGGUAUUGUGGUGCAACCCAGUUUGCUCAGGGUAUAUGGGCUGGUGUUGAACUUGAGGAACCACUAGGCAAAAAUGAUGGUACUCUCAAAGGAGUGGCUUAUUUCAAAUGCCCUCAAAACCAUGGUAUUUUUGCUCCUAUAAAUAAAAUAUCAAAGUAUGAUCCUUCACAUCAUAGUCGAAAUAAAAUAUCUUCAAUGGCACGAAACUCCCCUCCUCGAAACAUAUCAUUUUCCAAAGUCAAUGUCUCCCAUGUUACAUCUAAAAUAGAAACAGGUCUUUCAAGUAUUAGGCAUCGUCCAAAUUCCCAAGAUUCCCAUGAAUUUUCUAUUGGUGAUAGAGUACUCAUUUCUGGUCAUCGUAAAGGUACAAUACGUUUUGCAGGUGAAACAGAAUUUGCAUCUGGUUUCUGGUAUGGUAUUGAACUUGACAAGCCUCAGGGAAAAAAUGAUGGUUCAAUAAAUGGUGUACAGUACUUUUCUUGCACACCUGGCUAUGGGUUAUUUGCGCCACCUCACCGACUGUGCAGAUGGUUUAAACAUUCUGAGGAUGAAUCAUCUGAUCAAGAUUCUGCAGAUUUAAGCAUGAGCAAGAGUUCUACUGAAGGUGAGAAUGGAAUUCUUAGCCCAAGUUCUCCUCGUUCAAUGUUGACAAAUCGAUAUUCUAUGAGGAGAAGUGCUAGGUUCUCUAACCAAACCACAAGUCCAAGUUCCAAAACCAGCUGUUGGUUGACUGUUGGGAUCAAUGUUUUUGUAAACAACGAAAUUGGUGCCGUACGUUACAUUGGACCAGUAGACUUUGCAGAUGGCGUGUGGUUGGGUAUUGAACUUAGGUCUCCGAAGGGCAAGAAUGAUGGUACUGUGCAAGGCAAAAGUUACUUUUCAUGUCGUCCUGGGUAUGGCUUACUUGUUCGACCAAACAGAGUGACUGUGCGGGGUAUAAAUGGUGCUAAACUUUUGAAUGAAUCAUCGUCAUGAAUGGUUUUGUAAAUGUAAUGUUGUUUUGUAUUUUUCCAUUCUAGAAUGAUAUUCAUUAGGUUAAUUCAAUUAUUAUGUUUUAAAUGUUAUUAGAAUUGUUUUAUUCAAAACUUAAACUCUGAAGAGGAAAAAUAUAAUUAAAUUUUGUACAUUAGUACUUUUUAAAAAAUGUGGUCAAUAAGUAAAAUGCAGUAGAAAGUUCAUAAUUCAUCAUAAACCAUUUAUGCAGUUGCCAACUUUGCUGUUAAAACCAGAAGACGCCUGAUUUUUCAUCACAUCUCCCAUUAGAUCACUAAAUCUCUUGGUUUUAAAAUUUUAUCCUGUUAUUUCGCCAUAGCAACAUGAUGUUUGUGUUUUUACCUGUUUAAUUUACAAAAAGAACCUGAACAGCUGAUAUGAUCAUGUGAAUGCAUUAGGCAAAGAAGAGUGCAAAAAUAGCUUUCUUAUAUUGAAUCUGUAUACAUGCUCAAAUCGAAGUGAAGAGAAAGGGUCAUUAUUUAAGUGAUACGAAGUGAAGAUAUUUUGUUUUUUGCUUCAUUCGUCAUUGUGUUUUAAAUUUGCAGUUAGUUUUUAACUAAUUAUUCUUAUUAUUUGGCAUCAGUUAUUAAUUUUAUUUUCGUCAUGUUUAAAAGUGCUUUAACUAAAAGCUUGUAUUUCCAUGUAAAAAUUAACGAAGUUAUAAAUGAAGAAGCAUUGUUUUUUAAAUUUGCAGUUAGUUGUUAACUAUUGUAAUUAAUCUUAUUAUUUGACAUCAGUUAUUAAUUUUAUUUUCAUCAUGAUUAAAAGUAUACUUUGAUAACUAAAAGCUUGUAUUUCCAUGUAAAAAUUAAUGAAAUUGUAAAUGAAUAGGCAUUUUAAAGCAAACUUAAAUUAGUUUGGCUUUCUUAAAAUCAUGUUGCUGCACAGUGUAAAAAAACCUCCCAGUUUUUCAGAUUUCAAAGUUGACAGCUAUGUAUUUAUAUAUAUUUCCUAAUUUAUGAAGCUUGGGGAAUCAUAAUUUGAUGCCAUUUUAUUUUUCUGUAAUUUAGGAAGUGUGUUUCAUAUUAAUGGGCAAUUUAGAGAAAUAAAGAGUCCAAAAGCACAAGAGAGAUUUAAAAAAAAAAAAAUAUUUAAAAUUCAGUAUUAGCUAAUGCUCUAAUUAGUUUUGGAUUUUAUUUAGCAGAUUUUAAACGACCAUACAACUUUGGGUAUAAUUAAAUAACUGAUUAGAAUGAAAUAUAUUAAUUGAUUAUGAAACGUUUGUUGGUCUUUGGGAAAUUUAAAAAAAAAAAUUGGAAGUAUAAAUAUGACUUUUGUAUUGCAUUGAUUGUUGAGUGAAAAAUUCCAUUGAAAAUAAUUAUUUAGACAUUUAUUUUUAUGAAAUAUCUGAAAUUCAAUGCAAAUUAAUCUGUUAAAUAUGAUCAGACAGUUGGUCCAAUAUUAUCAUUUUUAUAAAUGUAACUUGUUUAAAAUAUUUUUAUUUUUUAUGUAGAUAUUUUUAUUAAUAAACUUUAAUUUAUUAAAUGUGAAUGUUAAGAAUAAAAGUAAGAUUAAAAGACUAACAUCAUGGAAAUCAGAUUUCCAUAUAAUUAAUAUAAUUUUAUCGAAAUAUAAUUUUAAACUGUAAUAUCAGUUCCAAGUUAUGAAAGGAAAUUAAUCUGAAGUUCAUUUUAUAUCUGUUUUUAACAGAAUAUUAGUAAAUCAGUAUAAAAUGAUUAAAUUUUAUUCUGUCUUUUAUGAACAGCAUAUGCGAUUUUGUGAUAUAUUUAAAAUCUAAAUUCUGCAAACCCUGUUCUUUUUCCUGUUGAAUCUUAUUGUUUUGUAAUAUUUUGUUAUUCUUGAUUUAAUGAAUUAUGGGGGUUCUACUGCUUCACAUCAUUUUUACAUUUCAUACUUUUCAUACAAGAAGCAAUCUGAACAUAAGGUUUUUCAGUUUUAUCUAGUUUAGAUUUCAGAUAGAAAAUUAUUCCCUAAACAGUUUCUCAAACGUGUUAAUGGAGAUUGUAUCAAUCCUAUAGCCUAAUGCCUUUUGAAAGACAAUGUUAUGUAUAAAAACCUAUGCACUGUAAAUCAGUUGUGCAAAUUGAUUUGUAAAUAUUUAUUUAUUUAACUCUUUAACAGUAUGAUAUAUGUAACUGAUAGUUAUCGAGCUUGAUUGGCUGUUACAUUCUGAUUUGAGGAUAUGGUGCAUAUGUAUUUUAAAAUAUACUGUGUUUUUAAAACAAAAAUUUACAGAAAGAAAAUGAAAUUAAAGAUUUUUCUAAGUUGCAUUGCAGUUUUUUUCAAAAAUCAAAAAUGGCUUUAACUCUCG